AUGCGUAUGUUAAAUAUAUCAAUCCUGUCGGCUCUCUUGUUUGGAGUGUAUGCAAUAGCAGGGAUGGAGGAGCUUGCUGCUUCCUUGCCUUCGUGUGCGCUCAAAUGCAUGAUCUCUUCGUUGCCGGAGUCUCCAUGUACCAUAACCGACCAGAUAUGUCUAUGUACGAAUGCCAAUUACACUACUUCGCUUGAGCAAUGCGUUCUCAGCAGCUGCACAAUUCGGGAAUCUUUGACUACUAAAAACGUGACAACUUCGUCAUGCGGAGCACCUGUUCGGGAUCGAACAAAGACAGUUUCGUACGCCGGUAUCGCGGGUGGCAUCAUAGCCCUCAUUGCGUUUUGCCUUCGCAUGGUAGCACGUCUUCGAUGCUGUGGUGGUACUUUUGGCAUGGAUGAUUGGACAAUGGCAUUGACAAUGUGCCUCCUAAUUCCUCUAUCUGCACUAUCUGCAGUUUUGGCUGAUACUGGCUUGGGAAAGGAUAUGUGGACUCUUCCAUUUAAAAAUAUCACACAUAUUCUUUAUAUAUACUUCUGGGACGAAUUGAUCUACUUGAGCAUUCUGCCACUCACGAAAAUAUCGAUUUGCUGUUUUUACUUGCGAAUCUUUCCCAGCCGACGCUUCAGAACGGCAACUUAUAUUGUCAUUGGGCUCAACGUCGCCUAUCUGAUUACAUUUGUGCUGAUAUCAGUGUUUCAGUGCCGGCCAUUGCCUGGCGCAUGGCUUCAUUGGGAUGGAGAGGGUGAUUAUAAGUGCAAUCAUAUCAAUGCUCAGGGCUGGGCAGCGGCUGUGCUUAACAUGGUACUUGAUCUGCUCGUCAUGGUGCUCCCAUUGCGGCAACUUUAUGAAUUGAACCUUUCCGUGCGAAAGAAGGCUUAUGUGAUGUGCAUGUUCAGUUUGGGUAUCUUUGUUACGUUGGUCAGCAUCUUACGACUGAAUUCGCUGAUUCAUUUCGCGUCCACCACAAACCUGACUUGGGAUUAUGUGAGCAUUGGUUACUGGAGCACCAUUGAGUGUGAUGUUGGAGUCAUCUGUGCUUGUUUACCUGCAAUUCGGUCGCUCCUUCGUCGUGUAUCCCCUCGAAUGUUCGGAGAUACAGAACAUACCAAAUCCUAUGGAAUGAACUCCCAGUCCCGAGGCACAGUGUCACGAUUCGAAGGUGCAGUGCAUGCCCAUAGCAAAAGUGAUGACCGCCAUUUUUACCCACUUGGUGACUUGGACAACUCAAGUCAAGCUCAUCUACACCGUGACGGCUAG